UUUUAAAACUAUGCUAUAAAUGUUCAAUUGACAUAAGUGCAAGAUUUUAUUUACCGAGACAUUGUCGCCGUUUCAACAAGUGCCAAUUAUUUAUUCAACAAAUAUAAAUACAAUUAAAAAGCUUAAAAAAAUGCGUGAAAUAUUAAUUGUUGCGGUAGUUUUUCAAUGUUUGAUCGAGUCAAAGUGCCAGAUAUUACCAAAGAACAUUAAAAAAUGCCACUAUGGAGAUUCAAAGUGCAUUAUAAGGUCCAUGAAUGAUGUUAUUAAGCACAAUCCCAGAGGUAUACCUGCUAUUGGAAUGAAACCCACGGAUGUUGUGGAUAUUCAAGAUGUUGAAUUAUGGAAUAAUGACGCACUUGGUGGUGUUUGGUUUAAAUUUAGACUGUUCAAUCAGGUGAAUUACGGCUUUGAGAAUACUACGAUAACACAAAUCAAAGGCUUUGGUAGGGAACCGACAUCUACCACAAUGGAAAUACAUGGCCAAAUACCCAGUCUAAUACAUAAGGGUAACUAUGUAACCAAUGGACGUGUUUGGCUUCUCGAAUUAAAUUCCACGGGGGAGUCGUACUCGGAUUUUCAAAAUUUUCGGUUUUCUUUGAAAUUGAAAGUCAUAACGGAAUAUCGUAAUAACACCCGUUACUUAAAAAUCUACGAGCUUGUGCCUCUUGUUAAUAUGAAACGUUGGAUUUUAUGGCUGGAAGACUUUUUCACGGAGAAUUCGGACUUAACAAUAUAUAUUAAUAGAGUGUUUAACGAAAAUUGGUUGCAGUUUUAUAAUGAGAUGGAACCGACUAUUUUAAGGGCAUUUAAAGAUGUUUUUACGAAUAUGAUUGAAGGAAUUUUUGACAAAAUACCUUAUGAUGAACUGUUUCUUCAAAGUGAUACUGAGACUGAAAUAGAAAAAUAGCGGCUUCGACUAUUUCUUUUUUAUCAUUGUUCUUAUUGUAUAAAUGUUAUUUAUAAGUAAAUAUAUGUUUACAUACGUGUGUGUUGUCUGUAGCAAACUAGUUUUGUAAAUAGUUAAUAAACUUAGUAUACAAACCGUGCAAAACAGAGAAAAUCUUGAGUAAUUUUUUAGAAAACCAGUUCUGAAACUAUGUGAAUUUCAAUUUAGUUUGCUAGCCUUACAAGUAUUUUAUCGAAAUAAUUGUAACGUUUUAUUCGAUGAUUAGCAGCUGAGAUCUUUACAAGGAAAUAUAAACUAUCUUGUUGAAAACCAAGCGUAUAGUAUCUAUUCAAAAUGCGUGAAAUAUUAUUAAUGGUAGUUAUCCUGCAAUUAAUAAGCUCCUCAAUGAGCCAAACAAUGCCAACAUGUAUUAAAAAAUGCAGAUUUGGAGAAUUAAAGUGCAUAACAGAGUCGAUGAACUCUGUUAUCAAGCGAUUUCCCAAGGGUAUACCCGAUAUCGGAUUGAAACCCAUUGACGUAGUGAAACUGAACGAUUAUCAAUUUUGGAAUCGUGCUGUUCAUAAUGGCUUUGGAAGGAAUCCCGAAGUCAAAUCUAUGGAAAUUCAUGGUCGAAUACCUAGCCUUGUUCACAAAUGCAACUUUAAUUCCAAAGGACGUGUCUAUGUUAUUAAUGUGAAUUCCACUGGCAAGUCACACUCGGAUUUUCAAAACUUUAAGUUUUUAUUGAAAUUUAAAGUCAUAAUGGAAUAUCGUAAUAAUACGCGCUACUUGAGAAUCUAUAACCUGGACCCGAUUGUUACCAUAAGUCGUUGGAUUUUACAGCUGGAUGACUUAUUUAAGGAAAAUACUGACUUAACAGUGACAUUUAAUAAGCUGUUCAAUGAUAAUUGGGCAGUUUUUUGGAAUGUAAUGGAGAAAAGAAUUUUAAAUGUCGUGCGACAUGUUGUCCUCGGUCUUAUUAAAGAUGUUUUUGAUAAGAUACCUUAUGAUCAGAUGUUCCUCACGGAUCCAAUGGAUAUGAAAUGAACAAAUUGUGUAAGCUCCUUUCAUGCUAAAUUCAUCUAUUCUAUUUACGUAUAUAGUCAGGCAGACUUGUAAAUUGAGACUUGAAUAAUAAACAUACAAGUAAAUUGGA